GUAGAUGAUCUGUUCGAAAAUCGCAUCUACUACGUCCCGCCGUUCAGCUACAUGUCCACCUCUCAGAACACGCGUAUGAAGAAGGAACGUCUUUACGGUAUGAAGGUAGUUGAGACAGUUGUCAACGUCGUCUUCCUGAAGCAAGGCUGGCUCGUUCACUUCGAGGUCGACUCUGAUACAGAUGCGCUGGAAGCUUUCAAGUAUGCUUGUAUCAACUAUGAGCCGAGGAAGACGGAGGCUGCGAACAUGGCCAAGGUUAAGAAAGAGAAGGAGGACUUGAAUGAGGAGUAUCAAGCUCGCGCCUGGGGUCGUCAGAACAAUCAUCGGGAUAGGGGAUCAUCUUUCUCUCAUGCCAACGGCCAGGACAGAUGCUCUUCAGGAGGACUACCAUCUCCACGCGUUAAGACUGAGCCUACGGAUGAGGACAGCAGUCUUUUCCAACCCCCAGCCAUUCCGAAUCGUGAUCCGCAAACCCAAGCCGAUUUCCCCACUCGAAAGGGUGGUACACCAACACCCGGUCUUUCACAUUCUCCUAUACGCCGCCCUCCGGCUCCAAUCACUCCACGUCGUAAGUGCAUUGAUCUGAUUCUCACAUUUCCAAGCUAAUUUAUUUGUAUCAGGCCGUCAGCCACCCACAUAUGUGAGUAUAUCAGCUUUGUCAUCCGUAGCAAAGACAUCAGUUUCAUCGCUAACUCGUGACAGGCUCAGACACAGGCCUACGAGGCUGACCUCCGCACACAACUACAACAAGCAAAC